UCAAAGACUGCUACAAGGCGGGACUGUCGGGACUUCCCAUCUGAUAGGUAGUUCUAAAACGCAGAGAAUAAAUGGGCUCUAGUAAACGAAAUGGCUAACAUAAGUUGCAAUAAACAGCUUAAGAAAAUAUGGAUCGCUCUGAAGAGGCUUGAUCAAAACGACGAAAGAGUAAUUGCUUUAAGAGAAGUCAGUAUAAACAAGGAUGCAGAGGUGGCCACGGUUAAAGAAGUUAUAACACAUUCUUUUGGGCUGGCUUCACAUGUCACGUUGAAGAUAAGAAAUUGCCAAGGAUCCUUAAUUCCCUUAAACAACUCUCUACCUGGCAGCAGUAAACAAAGGCCUCAUGUUUUGGAAGUUGCUAUGAUCUUCCAGCACGUUACUCCGAGGCCCCGGGUUGUUGCCAUGACUGUGAUCCAUAAAAGCUUGAAGUCAAGACUUCAGAGUGUUGUGAGGAGGAUCGAGCGCCUUGAAGAACUUCUUCCUCGGAUUAAACUACAGCAUCACGAAAAGAUGAAUAAGGACAUCGAAUUGCUGAACCAAAAGUUGGUAUUUCUUCAUAAAAGAAUGAAGGUGGCAGAUUCACACGGCUGGAAAGGGAGACUCAUCAGGCCGCCCCUGUGGUAGCCAUGGCACCGGAUGUGUUUACAGUUCAUCCCUCAGGAGCUGCUAUGAGCAGAGGCAAGGGCCCUUAUCAGUGUUGUGAUUGGGCAUCAGAGCCAUUGUGUUGUUGUGUUCUUGAGAUGAAUGCUGCCCAAUCAGUGACCAAUUAGAGUGUGUUCUUCUGCAUUGCAUCAAGAGAGAAUAAUGUAUUGUAUUGUAUUUAUUUAUUUAUUUGUGAUGUUAUACACAUGAUUCAGACAUGUAUACAUUUUUCUUUAAG